ACGCAAAACACUGCUCACACAUUCACACUUGCACGCGCAUCCAUUGCGCGUUCACGGCCUGAAACUCGCAUCGUUUCUAAAACGUAGUAGUAAUAGUAGUGCUGUUUUCAAUGUAGUUUUUCACUCGACUGAAGGUGAUUGUGGAGUUAAAAUGUUUCCUAUUGCCAUUCUGAGAAUAAAGUUGAAGAGAACCUAGAAGUGAAGCAGAUGGUUGUGUGUUGUGUUAAUGUAUGAGUGUGUGUGAGUGUUGCGAUGAGUGUUGGUUGUGAAGAAGGGGGGCCUUCUGUCCGCCCCCCAUGCACUCUAAAUGUGAAGAAAGUCUAUGGUGAUAGCACAGAAGAACUAUAUUCUCCAGAGUCUCUCAGACUCAACGCCAUGUCACCUGACCUGAGGCAGGACUUCAAUAUGAUGGAGCAGAAAAAAAGAGUUACACAGAUUCUGCAAAGUCCAGAUUUUAAGGACGAGCUGGAGUGUAUGGUAAAAGAGCAAUACUCUAAGAGCAGUAACUCUGGUGGUCUGUUAGGUCACAUCGCGCACAUCCUCAUCAGCAACACGCUUAGCAACACCGGAGUGCAAAGCCCCAGCAGCGUGGGGUCAGUAAGUCCAGUGAAUGAUCUGUGUGGUGCGGAGUGGAUGCAUUGUUCUAAAGCCGAGAGGCAGGGACGCUGUAAACUGGCUUGUUUGUACCGCCUACUGGACCUGUAUGGACACACCCACUUCCCAAAUACAUACGUUACGCUGCGUGUGAGCAAAGAGCAAGAUCAUAUUCUCAUUCUUCCUAAAGGACUCUCAUUCUCAGAAGCCACUGCUGCCAGUCUGGUGAAGGUGAAUCUGAUUGGUGAGGUGGUUGAUCAGGGAGCAACUGCACUGCCUGUGGAUGUUUUGGGAUUCAAACCCCAUUCGGCAGUCUAUUGCGCUAGACCGGAUGCCAAAUGUGUUAUACAUACAUACACACCAACUACAGCUGCAGUCUCCUCUAUGAAAUGUGGCAUCUUACCCAUUUCCCAUGAAGCUUUGCUGUUGGGGGAGGUAUCUUAUUUUAGCUACUAUGGUGAUUUGGAUGAUGAACAGGAGAAGAUGGAACUACAGAAAGCUUUGGGUCCCACUGCCAAGAUUUUGGUGCUGAGGAAUCAAGGCUUACUGGCAUUUGGAGAAACUACAGAGGAAGCCUUUCAUUAUUUGUACCACAGCCACCAAGCCUGUGAGAUACAGGUUAGUGCUCUGCUUUCUGCAGGUGGUGUUCAAAACCUUCGCGUGUUAGACAGAGCAAAUCUCAAAGCAGCCCCUUCGGUGAAUCCCAGUGGAAAAGUGUCAGAUGGACAGAUCAGAUGGAGAGUUGGAGAGGCAGAAUUUGAGUCUCUUAUGAGAAUGAUGGAUAACUUAGGCUACAGGACUGGUUACACCUACCGCCAUCCCAUAGUCAAAGAGAAACCUAGACACCAUAAUGACGUUGAGAUCCCAGCAACCGUCUCUGGGGUGGGACUGGAGGAAACGGACGGCUUCCCGCAGAGUCCUUUGCACUUGCAGGCACACAAGCGGGACAGAGAGAGGAUACGAUGGUUAAAUUCACCUAACAGCUACCUAAAGGUCAAUGUACCCGAGGAGUCGACCAAUGGCACCUGUAGUCCACGUACUAAAACCAUGUGGAUGAAGUCGGAAGAUUCGGGCAGCUGCAAGGACACCCCAAUUAAGAUUGAGGACCCCAACCAGUUUGUCCCACUAAAUACCAACCCCAGUGAAGUACUGGAAAAGAGAAAUAAGAUUCGGGAGCAGAACAGAGUAGAUUUAAAGACGGCAGGACCAAAGUCUCAACUGCUGGCAGACAUUGUGAUCGACAAACCACCCGGUCCAGCUUUCAUUUAUGAGGAUGAGGAGCAGACAGCUUCCCUACCACCCAACCCUUUUGACCAAUCAGAGGCCGAGCUUCAGGAUUACACGCAAACUGUGGAAAAUAAGUGCAACCAAUCAGAGGCCGACGAUGAGUUGACUGAUGGAGAAAUGACAACAUAUGAUGGCUCCACGGUGUCCCUGUCAAUCUCACCCCUCAUGAGCCCAGAAAGAGGAGACUGUCUCUCAGCUCUUUUACAAAGCAGCGACGACCUUACGCAGGAUGAUGACCUCACUCUACAGGUCACGGAGCUCAGCAUCACUAAAGAGAUGCAGGUCUCCAUAACAACCACCGUCGCCAAUGACAUUUCAAUCACCAGCUCCUCUGAAAGUCAGAAAUCUCCUAAAAAGAAGAAAAAGAAAUUCCGUACUCCUUCCUUCCUGAGGAUGUCUAAAAAGAAAGAGAAAGGAAAAAACAAAAAGGAACAAGAAAAGGAAAAAGAGGAAAUAGAUGAAGAAAAAGAGUGUAAGGACCCAGUCAAAAUGGAAUAAUCUGUAAUAUGUAAAAUUAUUGUAAAAUAAAUAAUUUGUAAGAUGAUUGUUGGUUAUAUAGUUUAAGUAUAGGGUCCUGUGUUAAAGGGACACUCCACUUUUAAAAAAAAAAUAUGCUCAUUUUCCAGCUCCCCUGG